GUUCCUGCUCUCCCGAGUCUUCCGGUCAUCCAGCUUCAAUUUCAAGGUCAAGUGGCCUCAAUCUCAUCCGAUGCACGCUUGCGUAGCUCGCACGCCGGCUCGUGCUCGUGCUGUUGCACGCACUAUCACUGGGCCUCUGAGUCAUAAAGCAUAUACAUCGCCCACAGUCCUUGUGUUUUCCUCACGAACGUAUGCGUCAACUGCGCCUGGUCUUCCUUCUACCUCUUCAUCUAUUCCACCGCCAAUAUUACUCAAGUCAUCAGAAGCUCCACGUUCGAAUUCGACCUCUGCUUCAUCUUCCUUGACGCCGAAAGGUCUUCACAAUACAGAGGCUUCGGGUUCGAGACUGCAACAUGCACAUCUUCUCACUGCGGUACACAAUGCGCGGGAACUACUUCCACGUAUUUUGGACCCCGAGUCGGAAGAACUAGAGUUCUGGAGCUUGGCGUUGAGGGUUACUGCUGACGAGCUUGCUGGUGUUGGCACAGGAAAGGAGAAUCGGCUGAAAGUCGUUGUGUAUGGAGUUGAUGAGCUUGCUGAUGCUCAGGCUUUGGUGGGUGCGUUGCUGGAGGACCCGUUCGCCAGUGAGGCGGAGGUAGAAGCUGUUCGGCACCGAUGGGAAGGAAGGCAGGAGGAGGGUCUGGUCGUGAUCGAGCAUGGGACUGGCUUUUCGGGAAUCGGAAAUCCAUCGAAGGAGGCCAAUCAAACCGAACCCGUUCACCUCUCCUCGUCUUUUCUGAACGCCUUUCCCGCUCCAAUACAACUUACGGAACUCCAGACAGUGCCAAGGAACCAGCCUUCUUCCCAGGAGUUCUUGCGAAAGCUGUAUACGGCCGAUCUACCAAUAAUCGUGGUUAACCCUCUCAGCACGCCCCUGUCAUCACUAUACCCCUCUACGACUCACAGUUCCUCACCCUCGAGUACUACUAUGUCUUCAGACACAACAACUCACUUCCCCUACCCUCUUCCUCCUCACUCACUCAUUGUUCUCACUACCGCCCCUCCCAUCUCAACCUCUGCUUCCCGACCCGUUACCCCCCAAUCUCUCCCGCCCUCACUACAACAGACCCUCUCCUCUCUCCUGCCUCCGACGUCACAUUCGCCGUUGCACAAGCCAGACAGUAUCUCCACGACGCUAGGUUUGCGGAUUCUGCUCAUCGAUUCACCGAGGGCACUUCAUGCCCUGCGCGCGUUUAGGGCUGCGCCCUCGAGUCCCUAUGCUGUCGAUAGAUACCAGGACGACACACUCGCUUCUGGUAUCAGUGCACUCGGGAGGGCGAUCAAUAUCCAUCUACAACAAUCAGGCUCACAAACUUCGUCUGGCUCGGACGUGUUGGAUAGCGUUCAGGCGCUCAAGACGAGAGCGUUGUUGGUCUCUGCACUUUCGAUGAUGGAGCGGGAGUUGGGGAGCGCGAAGGACGAGUUGUAUGUCGCUACGGACGUCGUGCGGACUUUGAGGGAUGCUGUCGGGGAAGCUAGGCUCGAAGUUGAGAUGGGGAUCUUUGGUGGUGCUGCCUUCGAGCGUGAGGGGAGUUCUGGCGCUGGCGGCAGUCUCGGCGAAUCCUCCGUUAUUGUGAGGAAUGAAGCGCACAUGAAAGGGAUGAAAGAGGGUGAGGAUAAGAUCGAGGCUGCGAUGAAGAGGGCGGAGGCGGCUGUGAAGCCAGUUGUCGAUGGAUUGAGCUGGUGGAGGACGUUGUGGAGGGCGGAUGAGGUGGGUUGGAUGGUUAGAGGGGCGAUCAGGGCUGCUUGGGCGUCGGAAGUCGAACGUUCCGUCCUGCCAUCACUGUCCACUCUUCCUUCUACACAGAAGACACUCACAACACUUACCCAAACACGACUCAACACCCUUUCCCAUCCCAGCGCUCUACACUCCCCCAUCCUGCACAACGCCCUCGCCCAACUCACUUCCUCACCCUCCUACCCCGUUCUCCCAACCUCCCUCCUCCAACCCCUCUCCGCCCGCCGCACCCAACUCGAAUCGGGACCCACAGCCCGCCUCGAACGCGCCGCCCAAGCCCUCGUCCUCCGCACCGGUGCCUCCGCCCUCGCCUCAAUCGGCGCCACACUAGGAUGGUUCGGGUGGCACGCGGGCGGAGAAUUUCUCACGGGGGGUUUGGCGUGGCAUAUGACUCAGUUGGAGUUGGCGUCGGUUAUGGUGGGCGAUGGGGCGGGUACGGCGGUUGGGAUUGGAGGUGUGGUGGGGCUGGCGGGUGUUAGGUGGGCAGUGGGACAAUGGGAGAAGGAAAGGAGAGGGUGGUGGAAGGAUUGGAAGAGGGUGAGUGAUGGGGCAGGAAGAGAUAUGAAGGUGGAGUUGGAUAAGACGAUGGAAAAGCAGGUGUUGAUUGUGCCGGUUACAGCGUGUGAAGGCGUCGAGGCAUUGGUAAAGCGGAGGAAAGUUGAGGUUGAGGCGCUUGAAGAUGAGGUAGAGAAGCUAGAGGAUGCAUUGAAGGAGACUAAGUGAAUUUGAACGAGCUUCAGUCGUUGCUUUUAUCUACAUAUUGUUAUUU